CGCGAAUGCCGGCCACCCUUUGCCGGCAGCAGGCAGUGAUUCACGAGCGCUAAUGCUGUCAGGUGCCCCUGGCAGAGCAUUACAUCGUUUCUCGUUGCGUCCACACAGUCUUGCAGCAAGCUACAAGCAGGCUAACAUGGCACCUAACCGGAAAUCAUCCUCUGAAGCUCCUCCAGGCUAUUCCAUUGAUUCCUCAGUCGGCCCAAUGUACAGGUUUCAAAAGUCGCUGCCUCAACUGCCGGUGCCCAAUCUUAUAGAAACGGCUGGCAAAUAUUUGGACUCUGUCCGGCCACUGGUCUCUUCGGCAGAUCCCCGAACGCCAGAUGCGACGCACGGCGGACCCAACUCGGCUUAUGCCAAGACACAGCACAUCGUCGAGGAAUUCGUCUCGUCUCCGCUUGUCAAGGAGCUACAGAACCGUUUGCGUGCACGUGAACGGGAGAGUGAAAACUGGCUGUCGGAUUGGUGGAAUGAGGCAGCCUACAUGGGCUACCGGGAUCCAGUUGUGCCUUAUGUGAAUUACUUCUACAUGCACAAAGCCGACAAGAACCGCGCGACACCGGCUCUGCGGGCUGCAGGUCUAACACGAGCGCUGUUAUACUUUCGCAAGCUCGUCGAGACCGAGCAACUAGAGCCAGAGAUGGUUCGGCAAACGCCACUGUGUAUGAGCUCAUACAAGUACCUGUUCAAUGCGUGUCGAUAUCCCGUCAAGCCAGUCGAUACAGCUCGUAAAUUCGACGCCGAUUCACACAAUCACGUCAUUGUCAUCCGAAAGAAUAAGUUCUAUGAAGUACCGAUUGUUGACACAAAGGGCGAGUGGCUAAGUCAGGCCGACCUGGAGCAGCAAUACAAUCGAGUCAUCGAGCUAGCCGGCCAAGAAGCCGAUCAGCAUCCCCUGGGCGCUUUGACAACUCAGAAUCGCGACGAAUGGGCAGAUGCCAGGACUGCAAUCACAAAGGAUCCAUCGAACGCGAAAGCGCUGGAACGCAUCGAAUCGGCUAUCAUCGUCAUUGCGCUGGAUGACGCUAGUCCGGUCACUCGCGAGGAAGUCUCUUGGAAGCUAUGGGUCGGCGAUGGACAAAAUCGCUUCUUCGACAAGCACCAGCUCAUCGUCUUUGAAAAUGGCAAGUCGGGCUUCAACGGCGAACAUUCUUGCAUGGACGGCACGCCGACAAGUCGCUUGAAUGACUGGCUCUUGCGAUCUCUUGCAGCGGGCAAGAUCGAUCUGGGCGCCAGAACAGCGCAACACGAUCUGCCGGCACCGCAACAAGUCAAGAUCUCCCUGGACACGACUGCCAAAACCGCAAUCGCUAAAGCAAUCAAGGACCAUUCUGAGCUCAUGAGCAAGCAUCGCCUGACGGUGCUUCACUACGAAGGUUACGGCAAGAAUGCCAUUAAAAAAUUCAAAACGAGCCCAGACUCGUGGACCCAGCUUGUGAUGCAGCUCGCCUACUUCAAAAUGACGGGCUCCCUAGCGCCAACGUACGAGUCCGCCCAGACGCGCAAGUAUAAACUCGGACGGACAGAGGUCAUUCGAAGCGCAACCCCCGAAGCGCUUGCUUGGUGCAAAGCUAUGGAAGACCCGACCGUAUCCAAUCCGCGUAGACUAGAGCUGCUCCGACGUGCAGGUGCUGCUCAUGUCAAGUACGCAACUUGGGCCGCCGAUGGCCAAGGCGUCGAUCGACAUCUGUUUGGUCUGAAGAAGUGUCUCAAAGAAGGCGAAGAGCUGCCGGAGCUUUACAACGAUCCAUCGUACAGCUUAUCAGGCCACUGGAUCCUCUCGACGAGUCAGCUCUCGUCUGAGCUGUUCGAUUGCUGGGGCUACUCAGAGGUAGUCCCAGAUGGGUACGGCCUUGCGUACUCUGUCAACAACAAUACACUCCGGUUCUGCAUCACGAGCAUGACUGGAGAUGUCGAAAGGCUGCGCUACUUUAUCGCGGAAGCAGCGACAGAAGUCAUGGAGACGAUGCAAGAAGCGAUCGAGGAAGGCGAAGGAAGAGCAAAGCUGUAGAUCUGGCAGAGUUGUAAAGAUGCAUUGGGUCUGACUUCUAGAUGCUGCUGUUGCUGUCAUUGCUGUACAUACACUUGCGAGCGCCCAGGGAUGGGCUUGUCUAUCGCUACAUACUUGCUGUUCGUCACUCUGAGUCUAGCCGCUUCCACUUUCGCUUGACUUGCUCAUAAACGAGCAUCGAGAUGGUAUUGGAUGGUAUCGCGUAGGCUAUCCUCACUUUGAUGCCUCGUGUGAAUGCGCUGAGGCCGCCGUGAGUCCACAUGUAUUUGACGAUGUUCCGAACACCGCCGUAUCUCCCGCCUGA